AUUUAAAUUGUGGCGGGAGAUUCGUUUUUGGGUCCUUGUCGCGUUAAACACCCUCGGCUGGAAAGUCAAUUGGUUGCUCUCAUCUUCUCGCGUUUGAACAUGGUGCGGACUAAAGCAAACAGUAUCCCAGGCACCUACAGAAAAGUGGUGGCUUCUCGAGCCCCCAGGAAGGUGCUUGGUUCCUCCACCUCUGCCACUAAUUCCACGUCGCUUUCGUCGAGGAAAGCUGAAAAUAAGUAUGCAGGAGGGAAUCCAGUUUGUGUGCGCCCAACUCCCAAGUGGCAAAAAGGAAUUGGAGAAUUCUUCAGGCUGUCCCCUAGAGUUUCUGAGAAAGAGAAUCGGAUUCCUGAAGAGGCAGGAAGCAGUGGCUUAGGAAAAGCAAAGAGAAAAGCAUGUCCUUUGCCACCUGAUGACACAGAUGACGAAAAAGAAUAGAACUUUCUUAUUCAUCCUUGACUAGUGUCUCCUGUUUACUCUGGUAUUCUAGGAUGUAAAUUUGCAUAAAUGUAUUUGUUCCAAUUAGCUUUGUUCAAUAGACAUUUAAUUUAAAAAAUGAGGCUUACAUUUAGUUAUUCAAAAGCAAGUAAUUAUGAUAUUGGUGAGUUUGUAAGAUUAACUAUGGUUACUUGGCUUGGUACUCAAUAUAAUGCAGUAUUUGGUUUCUUUUACCUGUUAUUAAGCUUCUUGUUCUUGCUAACAACAAAUCAUUGCAUGGUGUUCUAAUUAUGAAUCUGCUGUAUUUGAGAUUUGUUUAGAUCUUUGUACUGCUGCCAUUGUUAUUGGCAUUUGAUUAUUGGAAUGGUGCCAUAUUUUUGUUCCUUUUCUUUGCUUUAAAAAGCAGAGUUAGAUUUUUGCACAUUAAAAAGAUUCAGUAUUAAUUAAACUGAACCCAUACCCUUUUUAAGAAAGGGGACCAAUGAUGCAAUGUUGAAAAAAUUUGGAUGACUAUCUAUCUUCUCCUUAGAAAAAUUUAAGGGCAAUUUGAUCCUGAUGGUUUAAACGGUUGAUAAAGCUUCUAACAACAACAAAAAUACAAAAUACUAGCAUAGAAUCAGGCAGGAAGAUUCCAUAAACCACAUUAAAAGAGAGGAGUUUUCCUAGAAUAUGCAUUUGAUUCAGUAUCAUAAAAUAUUACCCUUUGUGCUGAUACUUUUAAAGUUGGAAAUCAAUAAAACAUGAAAAGCAAAUCAUGCCAUAAACCCAGAGCUAUGUCCAAAGUCCUUGGAGCUGCCAUUAUAUUUUUCAAGAUAACUAGGGGUAUAAUUGAAGAGGUGGGUAUAAUAUUGCUUGGUAAUUGAUCUUGCUUCCUCAUCACACUUUUUGCUCACUGACAUCCUGUCGUCAAAAUUAACCCUCUUUUAACAGUCAUGUUUUUCUGAAGUUUGUUUUUAAUAAAUGAAUAUUUACUUAUUUUCAAAAUAGACUAUCCAUUUGUGUGCUUCCUAAGAUUAUAUCCUACUAGAUAUUUCUAUUUGAUUUCUUCUAAAUACAAAUCAGUGCAUUGACCUGAUUUUAUCAGCUUCCAAACUGAGUCCUAAUGAUUGUAGAUUAUAUUUUUUCCUUUGUCUUUUAGAGGUGGAUAUCAAACAAAAUGUUACUGAAUUUCAAGCAGAGUUUUUAUCCUAAGUAGCUCCUUGAUAAUUAGGCUUCUUAUUAAAGAGUAGCUCAAACCAACUCUAUUAAAGUCAAGUUCUGCUGGGUUGAAAGCUGCUUUGCUAUUUUUCAUUGACAGAGAAAUUUUGGUGGUGUGUCCAAUGAAGUCUAAUUUUGAUAUGUAAUUGUUUCUAAAAAAUUUGACCUAAGGAACCUACUGGUUUCCAAUAUACAAUAUUUGAUGAUAUCUCACUUUUAUUAGGCAGAGUCCCAUGUAAUCUGCUUCCUUGCCAAAGCUUUUUUAAAAUGUAGAUUGGCAAUUGAGCCUCUUCUGAACAUGAGGGAAGUACAGAUUCUUUGUUUCCACUGAAACUGAAUCAAAAAAUAAAAUUUAUACAUUAAAAAGAUAAUUAAACUAAGUUUGUAAUUUUAUACCCUUCUUCACA